CUCUGGGUGAUGAGCGAACGACUCUCUAAAGAGGCUGAUGAGGAUGACGAAGGGGAGAGAUGGUUGGACAGCAGAUAUAGUGAGAGACAGAGACGGCGUGUGCCUGUUGUGCGUUGACUCGCGUGCGAAAUGGACGAGCACAACAGCACCAACCAACACUCUUUUGGGCUUCGAAACCCACCACGUAUGUAUGCCUCAACGGCUGCUGGAUUGUCCGUCAACCGCCAAUGCACCCAGCACCAACCACUGCAAAACCCCUCUCCAUCAUGCCUGACUGCCUCUGAUAGUACACCGUCGAACCAUCCGGGCCUUCCGCCCAUAGCUUCUUCCUCCUUGCUUGAAUUGAUUUACCCAAAUGAUGAGCUUCACCUCCUUCCUCUCCCCACCGCCUCUUUCUCCUCCUGCAAUCUUCCCCCUUCAUCUGGUCAGGCAGGCCUGCCAGCCUGCUUCAUCCUGCCCCUCCUUCCCUCCCCGUCCUUCUCCUGCUCUCCUGCCCUCCCAGUUUCCUCCGUCGCCCUCGUCUCUCGCUCAUCCCCCGCCGCUGGUCGGCACGCUCCAUUCAUCUCCACCCCACACUCCUUUGGGCAGCUUCGUAUUGACAUUCCAACCGUACAAAAGGCACACAGGAAAUACACACCCCUACACGAUGACACUUGACAAUUUGACCGUCAGCCCCGUGGCCGCUCUGGUCAGCCGCCUGCAGCAGGCAGCCAGCAGUCAGUCGUUCGGCAACACAUCGAGCAGCGUGGCGUCCUUACUGGUUGCAGCCAAGCCACAGCCGGCCGCAGCACUUAUGCUGUCUGUCGCCAUUGCUUUCACCUUGACAGCGCUUACUAUGCUGCUCGCGCUGUUCGAGAUGGGUCGUUGCAUCUAUUCGCUCGCCACCUCACAGGCGCAGCUGCGAGGCCUCGCCAAGCUCAAGAUCUGGCUGAGAUCAUGGAGAUGGAUCUAUGCCUUGCUACUGCUCAUAGCAUCCGUGGUGGAAGCGGUCUACUUGAUCCUCUACCUCGAGACCCGUAGAGGGGUUGUUGGACGGCAAGCUCCUAUGGACCUAUCGGUCAUCGCCUUUGGGUUCUACUCGACCGCUGCCGCUUUCAUUGUUAUCAUGAUUGGCACCGGCGUCGCCUCCGACUCGCCUGCGCCCGCCUCUGUCCUCUCUGUCAGUGCCAGAGCUCGACGCGUGCUCUGUACGGCCACUGGCUCGCUGUCCUGCUGUCUAUCCCUCGGUUGGGGUGCUUGGGUGCUCGUGAACUAUGGAGCUGCUGCUCGGCAGCUUGAUGGCGCCCUUUCUACUCUGAUCCUAAACCAGGGCGAAUGCGACGAAGACGAUGCAGAUUGUGGUGCGAACACCCUGACGCAACGCUUAUCCUCCGAGUUGAAAAGUCUGGGCACAAUCGACGCAUUCAAAGGGAUCUCGCUUCUCAUCCUCGGAGUGCUCAUCCUGUGGACGAGCUACGAACUCCUAGUCAUUCGACACCAAGAAGCCUUGGCCGAGAAAGCUGCCUGCUCCACAUGGGCAGCCACUGUGCAAGAGAAGAGCUACAAUGGUAGGAGUUUCAGAAGUCGCACCUCUGCCACUGGAAGCACGUUCAAGGCAAAAAGACGCUCGUCGGGCCCCCAAAAGCUUGAAGACGUCCCCGUACUGUGCAGACAGGCGUCGACUGCUUCCACUUCAAGCUCCUGGUACUCGUCGGUCGAUUCUGAAGCGAUGAAGGCCCCACCAUCGUAUACAGCUCGUUCACGACUUCACACUGCCGCUGGGUUCAAUACCGAUGAGGAAGAGGACGACGAAACUGCAAGCACACCUGGUGCCUACCGAGCCAGGGUGAAGGGUCGCAAGCUGGACACGAGUGCUGAAUUUGGUGCCGAGCUGCAGCGCAAAUUCGGUACCACCAGCGCCACUGGCAAGACCAGCGUCGGCUAUUUCAACCAUCACGACAUCGCUCUGUCCGAUGGAGCCUCCGACAACAGGUCAUCCUCCUCCGUUUCAGAUGGUGGGAACAUGACCCGACACUCGUCCGUUCUGCCCACCAGGGACGGACCGAUGACGCCAAGCUUGUCACAAAUACCCAAGCUUGCAGGUUACGUCAAGAGCUCGCGCUACUCUGGCAGCAGCGCAAGCGUUCCCUCUUACACCAGCCAGAUGAGCGUGGACACAGCUUCAGCUCUCGCGGCCAAGGAGGCUGAAGUGAAUGACCGCCUCGCCGCAGAGACGCGCGGCAUUCGCUGGGCAGCUGCUCUCGCGCUCAUAUGCGUGCUGCUCUACAGCGUUAUUAUCGUGCUGAAGGCGUGCAUCGGCCCGGAAGUCGACCUGGGCGAUCGACCCGGAUUCGAGCUCGUCUCGGUCGUGUGGCAGGCAGUCGUAUCUAACAUGCACUUGCCGAUACUUGCGAUCCUGAUGAGCCGCGGUAUCGGCUUUAUCAGAUCCUCCUCAUCCGCGAGCAUGUCGCUGAAAGACGAAGCGUCACUCAAAGCGUAGAGUAGUCACGGGCAAGUCAAUAUAGAGAGAUGUGUACAAUUGGCCGAUUCGCAUGUCUCCUACAGCUUCUGUGCUUGAUAGCUCUGGCGUUCUAGAUAGUCGACUAUGCGCUGGGCUUCCCGCUCACCGCUUACAAUUGCGCCAGCGAUUGAGCCACGGUCUGCAUUUAACGAGGGUUGGGAUGUCAAUCGCGAAGGUGGACAUGCUGCAUGAGUACUCACGAUCCAUUUCAGUGUGUU